CUGCUAAUUUAUUUAAUAAGUGGAUGUGAAGCAAACAUGACAUUAUAAACACAACUACUAAAAUGCAAACAUUGAUUUCCCAGACUAAAGAAUGGUUUGCAUUCGUCGUCGACACGCAAGUAUGAGCCAGGUGAUUGGUCACUUGCCAAAAACUCGUUUCAAAAUCCUUGCCAGAUACUUAAAUUUAUGUUUUUUCCGUUGCUUUCCUUCCAUUAUGUUUUCAGGCGUGCACCAAACAUUGUUUAUACACGAUUCGAAUUAAGUAGGGUCAUAUAAAAGUGCCAGUGCUAAGUACUAAAAGCCGCAAUCCGAAAUUUCCUGGAGCGGUGCUAAGCAACUGACAAAACCCAUAGUCACAAUAUAUCGACUACCCAUAGGCAAACUAUCAAAUACGCCGAUACGACAUCCUACCUUUGUCCAACAUGGACUAUUGAUCCAUCUUCAAUUACCAUGGAAAUGGUAGAAAAUUAGCCUACCGUCGUUCGACAACCGAAAAACCUGUCAGUGGCCCAAGAAAGUGCGCUCCCUUUUGAGCGGCUCAAGUUGUUGCGGAAAAGCCGAAGAACUAUUGUUUAGUAAUAGUCGGGAUGAAGAGCUGAUAGGCAAAGGCUGGAUCAAUGGAGGGGCUGACGAUGAAUGUCGAAAGUGAAAGUAAUGGAAAUGCAGAUUUGGAAACAAACGUGCGAAACUUACAGGCGUGCCUUUUUCCACCCCAAUUGACCGCAUCUAACAGUUAUUUUUCUAAUUUUUUCGUUAAGACCUGCCAAAGCCAAAUUACUGAAGAUGACGACGAAUUGCGCAUCAAAAUCAAAGAAUCGUUUCCGUUGAAAGAACUCUUUCCUGCUGCUAGAGACACUGCAUUUAUUUUGCAACCACCAAGAUGGCCUACAGAAUGCCAAGUAUUGGAGGAAAAAAUUAAACAUAUCAACUACGUUCCUGCCUCUCCUGAGCCUUAUUACUCAGUAACUGGAAAUGAGUGUCAACCCAAACCAUCAGGCGAAGAAUUUGGAGUGAUAGUUUAUCAAUACACGCCAAUCAGUGCAGUCAAUUAUUUCAGUAGAUCGAGUGUUGGAGGCAGCCGAUACCUCCUCUCCUCAAACAUUUGUCCCGAAGAUGACAGUUUGCGCUUUGAAUCCCGUUUUGAGUCUGGAAAUCUGGCCAGAGCGAUCCGAAUUACUCCAAACUAUUACGAAUUGCAUCUUAGAGCUGAUCUUUACACCAACAGGCACAUGCAAUGGUUCUAUUUUCGAGUGACGAAUAUGAAGAGAAACUUUCUUUAUAGAUUUUCGAUAACAAACUGCUCAAAAGAAAGCAGCCUGUACAACGAAGGAAUGCGCCCCUUAAUGUAUUCAAAAAAGGACUCGCAAAUGCAUUCUAUUGGAUGGAACAGAUGUGGUCAGAAUAUUACCUACUUUUGCAACGACAAUGUAACUUCCGAAGAUCCAGACCAACCGCAGACGUACACGCUAACAUUUACGGUCACUUUUCCGCAUGACGAUGACGAAGUUUACUUGGCGCAUUGCUAUCCAUACACGUACUCAGAUCUUCAGGAACACUUGGCGGAAAUUCGAGCUCACCCUGUAAAGCAAACAUAUAGUACAGUGCGCUUAUUGUGCAGAUCAUUGGCUGGAAACGACGUUUAUUUUAUAACCAUUACUUCACCUCAAAUUCCAGGUGAAACUAAGAAAAAGCGAGCUGUUGUAUUAACAGCCCGAGUUCAUCCAGGAGAAACGCCAUCGUCGUGGAUUAUGAAAGGAAUUCUGGAUUUCCUUACUGGAGACUCGGCUCCGGCAAAAGACUUACGCGACAAAUUCAUUUUCAAAAUAGUGCCCAUGUUGAAUCCGGAUGGUGUUAUUGUGGGCAACAACCGAUGCUCUUUAUCCGCCAAAGACUUGAACAGACAAUACCGAACUGUGAUGAGAGAUGCUUAUCCUUCAAUCUGGUAUACGAAGCUUAUGGUAAGAAGACUGCUGGAAGAGUGUGGUGUAGCCUUAUAUUGCGAUUUGCACGCACAUUCGAGGAAACAGAACAUUUUCGUUUACGGUUGUGAAAAUAGGAGAGGAGGUGACAGAAGACUACAAGAGCAAGUAUUUCCUUUAAUGUUGCACAAAAAUACUGCCGACAAGUUUUCCUUUGAAAGCUGUAAGUUCCGUAUUCAAAAAGCCAAAGAAGGUACCGGAAGAGUCGUAAUGUGGAUGAUGGGAAUUGCCUGCAGUUAUACCAUGGAGGCAUCAUUUGCUGGUUCAACGUUGGGAGCCAAGACCGACACUCAUUUUACCACGCAGGAUUAUGAGCAGAUGGGAAGGUCUUUUUGCCAAACUUUGUUGGAUUUCUACGACGAAGAUCCCAGAAAAGUACGAGAGAAAAAAUAUGGACUGUGCAACGAUGAAGGAGACACAUCGAGCAGCAGUGACGAAAUGGGGCGAGAAGAAAGGGAUGAAGAGGAAGAAAUUGUGAUUCCUCAACCGCCACCACCAUCACCAGCUGCCGGCAAAAGAGCAUCGCGACCAGCAAAGUCUUCGUCUGCGCACAAGUUGAGAAUGUUGACUAGUCGUAGCCCAGGAGCGCAGCGGAAACCUUUGCCGAUAUGCAAAGCAACCCUUAAACUGUCGCUUUCAGACAAAGAGUAUUAUAUUAGCUCAUCGGAAUCAGAUGAGGAAGGAAAAGUUUUGAAGUCGCAAGUAAAAAUUUUCAAGAAAAGGAAAAAGAAGAAGAAAGUUAUUAGAAAACGUGCUCAGGCUCUCCAAGAGCACUCAGACAGUGAAGUUACUUAUAAAAAGGCAUCGAUCACCCAAACCAGCAUCUCAGUAUUUGACUUAAUAGCUAGUGAAAAAAUUCCAUGCCAAAUCAACACCCAACGAUCAAAAACGCCACAACCCAAGAUUUUGAUAGAGAAGAAAAGUGAGAUAACCGCACAACUUGCGCAGGUUCAAGCCAAACUUUAUACAUUAAAAAACAAACUUUGGUUUGGAGUGGGUCAAGGCGAUUCACCGAUUUCUUGGGGAGGCAGCCAGGUUUUCCUUCCCAGCAGAUCAAUUUCGCCUCAAAAAACGAGCAAAAAGGCGCAGAAGAAAAGCAACAAAAAAUCGGAAAAGACUGUUAAAAAAGAGUCAAAACACAGUGGUGAAAAACCUGAUAAGACUGGAACCAAGCCGCAAAAUGGAAUAAAACGCCAGCAAGCAAUAUCAUGGAAUUCCAACGGUAAGGCCAGUCUUAAAAAAUCGAAGAGCUUACCAGACACCACUGGUUUGCUUUGCGACAAACUGAAGGACGUGAGACUGAACGAAGAACGUGCUACGGGGGCCGGAAAGUCGAAGAAGAAGAAUAGUAAACCGAAAUUUUCGAAAAAUGCCAAGGCCCUCAGUAACGCUAAGAUUUUCGUAACACGAGACUGAUGAUGACCAAUUGUAGAACUGCAACUUGUGUUUUUACAACAUGUAACUUAGUCGCUCGUCAUUGUUUGUACUUAAUGAUAUAAAUGUGCGAACUUAGAGAAUUG